AUGUCUGCCGCGCGUUUAAAAGAACUGGGGGCCAAAGGCCCCCCAGUAUUCAGAAUCAACUUGUCUCUCCCACCAGAAGAGCGCUACAAAUCCCUGGCCCGACAAUACAAAGAUAGAAUGCGAUCAGUGACGGGGAUAUUCGACGACGUAAUUCACACUCUAUCCCCCAAGAUCCCCACAAAGCCAGUCCACUGGCUCGCUCGAAUGUGUCUGCGCAGAUUGUACAAUGACGAAGAAACCGCCGAAAUCCGAGGCAUCAGCCAAGUAACUGGGAUCGAGCUUUAUUUCCUGAUUUGUCUGAACGUGGUGCUCGAUCUCCUGAUGGGAUGCACGAGUGGCGGUGUGCGAAUGCUGGACGGGCUCUGGACGAGAAUGGUGCAUUUCCGCACGCUGGACUGGGGAAUGGAUCCACUGCGCGAUCUGAUCGUGCAGCUGGAAUUUGUUCGCGAUGAUCACCCCGAUAAAGUGCUAGCGACCUGCAUAACAUACGUUGGGUUCGUGGGUGUGCUCACGGGCGUUCGAAAAGGUCUCAGUGUCUCACUCAAUUUCCGGGCUGUGCAUGACUCGAGUCGAAAUAGAGGCUUCUAUUGGAACUAUCUGCUCGUUCUGCUCGGCUUUCGACAAUCCAUCACAUCCAUGCUACGGCAGACUAUCAUUCCUGGACCCGUUGGGUCUAGUAAGAAUCCACUUUCGGUGACGUCGACAAUAUGGGACAUCAUCGUCGAAGUUCCGCCGAUGCGCAGCACGGCUGCAUACCUGAUCUUCUGCGAUGGCUCCAAAACGACGGCCAUGGAGAAAGACCAUAAAAUAGCAACUUGGCGCACCUCAAGUUCCUUCCUCAUCACAACCAACCACGACGAAGAGCCCAGCCAGAUCACAGCUGAAGCCAUCGCAAACGAUAAAGGAUAUACAGGCCUGCGAGUGGCCGAUGGCACUCAGAGUAUGGCGGAGAUUAUCGAGGAGAGCAAAGAGCGGCAAAGGUCCAUGCAGAAGAAAUGGGAUCGCAGAGUGCAAGAACACAAAUCAUUCCAACAAGAACUGAGGAGACGCCGAGUCAAGGAAGCUGCUCUUCCACAGAGACAACCAACACAUCUUCGAUGGAAAAGGAAUACAGAUAUGGGGUGGCAAGAUCCCUCUGAGUCCGAGGUAUCGAUUACACUUGGAACAAUGUUGGGGUGGUUAUGCUCAUAUCCGAUUGUCAACGAGGAUACUCACUAUGCCGUGUUGAUGGAUCCGGCGGAAGGAAGGUUCAUAUAUGCAGGGAAGUUCCCAGCUUCCACGGGUUCACAUGUAUUUUUAGAGAAAUAG